GCUCCAAAAAUUAGAGCUCAGGCAACUGUGGCUUCAGAUACAUCGCAUAGUUGCAGACAGUCGACUGGAAAUUCCGUCGCAUUGGAAAUUUGAAGAAGAAAAACAUUGAAAAUGUGGCAAAUACUGACGAUUGUCUUAAUAUCGAUUUGUGUCGUUGCCGGUAACGGAGGGUGCCCAGGCUUUGCAGGCUAUAAACAUAACCCUUCCUACUUGAAGUAUCUGGACGGUGACCUGGUCAUGGUAUAUACUACCUCUACCUAUGUCCUCGAAUGCGAACAAAUUGCCUGGACUGUAUGUCCCCACGGUAAACGUACCGCAUCUCUCAAAGACGCCACCGGCUGUCAGAGAGUAAUCGACAACUUUGACACCAGCAAUCCGGAAUACAUUCAGCAUACCAUCAGUCCUGUAACAACGUGUUCCAAACUGCCAUCAACUGAAGUAGUUAGGAAGAAAUUGUUCAAAAAGGUCACGACGUGUGACAAUCUUUGCAUAUUCAUCGCUAUUUGUCACCCAUCUCGAAAUGGGAUUUUGGUUGCAUGUCGCAAGGCACCACGAGAUAUCCUAUUGAGAAAUCUUGGAACUACGCUGACAAAGUUGGUAGGCUCAUCGGCAUCGAUUAAAACCAUAAAUCAAGCAAACUGCAUAUUCGGUAACACUUGUGUCGAGACACUUGAAAGCCGAGUUACAAUUUUGCUCACAUGAAAAAAAUCAAAAAAG